UUAUUAUUUUGGGGAAAAGAAUUCUCCAUUUCAUUCUCCUCUGCAAUUCUUUGUCGUGUAGGAAUAAUUUCUCGACAAAAGGUCCGAUGUUCCGCGCUUUUCUCCGAUCAGGAAUUUGUUAAUGGGUGCCCCUAAGCAGAAAUGGACGGCGGAAGAAGAAGCUGCACUCAAGGCAGGAGUUCUUAAGCAUGGUACUGGAAAAUGGCGCAAUAUCCUUUCAGAUCCUGGGUUUAGCUCAGUCUUGCAUUCACGCUCAAAUGUGGAUCUCAAGGAUAAAUGGAGAAAUAUAAAUGCUACGGCCAUAUGGGGAUCAAGGCAAAAGGCCAAGCUUGCUCUUAAAAGAAAUCAGCUGGCCACUAAACAUGAUGAUAACCCCAUGGCUCUAAUAACUGUACCUCCUAGAGAAGAGGUCGUUGAUGCUAAGCUGCUUGCAGUUUCUAGUAGAAUACCGAGGACAACAGGUUCCAAAAAAAAAUUUCCAAGGUUAGACAAUAUUUUGCUAGAGGCUAUCACCAGUUUGAAAGAACCAGGCGGUUCUGACAGAGCAUCAAUUGCUGUAUACAUAGAGGAGAAAUAUGCUGCUCCACCAAACCUCAUGAAGUUAUUAUCAACUAAAUUAAAGCUGUUGGUAGCAAAUGGGACAUUGAUAAAGGUAAAGCACAAGUACACGAUUGCACCACGUUCAACUAUUUCUGAAGCAAGGAAAUCUCAUCUGCUUCUUUUGGAAGGCAGGCAGAAGGAUUCUGUGAAAGCAAAGAAGAAAGGCAUCAGCAUUCUUACUAAAACCCAAGUUCAUGCAGAUUUGUUGAAAAUGAGGAGCAUGACUGCAGAAGAAGCUGCUGCAGCUGCAGCACAAGCAGUUGCAGAGGCAGAAGUUGCAAUCGCAGAGGCUGAAAAGGCAGCAAGAGAGGCAGAAGUGGCAGAAGCUGAAGCAGAGGCAGCAAAAAUUUUUGCUAAAGCAGCCGAGAAAGCAUUGAAGUCUAAGAUGCUAGAUACCUGUCGCGAACUCGUGCAGAUGGCAUAAACGGAUAUUCACCAUGCGGUCUUAGUUCAUUGCUGGAACGAUGCACCGGACUGGACAUCAUGCCGGCCUGGUAAACCAACCACGCUCUUACCUAUAACUGUAAAUAUAUUAGGCAUGUAAAGAAGAGAGAGUGAGAAAAAUUCAUCAAGUGCUGCUGCUUUUUAUCAUCAAGUAAAAGGGUACAAUGUAGCAAA